AUGUCCCACAUGAUGCACAAGGUGAAGGAGGCCUUGACUGGCCACCAUGGUGACUCCAACAAAACGAACCAGGGGCCCCAUGACUCCAACGUUGCCAACAAGGCGGAUCCUCGGGUCGAUAGCGACCGUGACAACCGCGCUCGCCAUGAGGCCAUGGGAGGUACUGCUGGUCCUCAUACAUCGGACACUGCCAACAAGCUCGACCCUCGCGUAGACAGCGACAGAGACAACCGUGGAAACCCCACCUCUGGCACCUAUGGUAGCAGCAACACCUACGAAACCACUAGCAACACAUACGGAUCUAGCAACACUUAUGAAAACACAAGCAGCAAUGCUGGUCCUCACGGAUCCAACAUUGCCAACAAGCUAGACCCUCGCGUGGACAGUGACAAGGACAACCGUGGUACUACCACCGGCGGCUACGGCACAGGCACUACCGCUGGCGACACUUACGGCAGCGCCAGCUCCAACGUCGGACCCCACGACUCCAAUAUUGCCAACAAGCUCGACCCCCGGGUUGACUCCGACGCGGACAACCGCGCCCGGCACUCCGCCAUGGGCGGCACCGCCGGACCCCACGGCUCCGACAUUGCGAACAAGCUCGAUCCCCGCGUCGACAGCGACAGAGAUAACCGUGGUCUGGGUACUGGCACCGGCACUACCACUGGCACUGGCGCCUUCGGCUCCGGAACCGGAACUGGAACGACAGGCUACGGCAACACUUCCUCCAAUGUUGGACCUCACGACUCCAACAUCGGCAACAAGCUCGACCCUCGUGUGGAUAGUGACCAGGACAACCGCGCUCGCCACGAGGCUAUGGCUGGAAGCAGCUACACUGGCGCUGGCGCUGGCACUGGUACAGGAACCACGGCCGGUCCUCAUGGCUCCAAUGUCGCGAACAAGCUUGACCCUCGUGUCGAUUCCGACUUGGACAACAGAGGCACUAUGGGAACCCAGCGUGGUUUCUAA